AUGGGUCGUCUACCGGAGCCAGUCUUCCGCAACGACCACACCAGUCUCUGCAGUGACUGGUCCAGCAACUUAAAGAAGUACAGCUACUGUUUGCCGAUCUCCGGUCGGAAGGACACACCGUUUUGCGAGACUCCAGACCGCUUGGAUCUGCUCAAUCUUCGCUCCUCCAAGUCGAUAUGCUACGCUAGUGUGCUGCAUAUGCUGCUAGUCGAGGUCUACGAAGAGCUUCAAGCUACUGGGAGCACUCCGUUCCUCGCGUUCGGGUCGCUACUGGGUGCUGUACGUAACAAGGCGUUGAUCCCGUUUACCGAAGACGCCGACAUCGGGUUCGUCGGUGACUUGCAUCACGAGGAAGUGUUGAUAGACGCUCUCCGACGGAAGGGUUAUCACAUGUUUUUCAUGAAUAUUUGGCGAGUAUGCGUUGCCCCAACGCACCCUCUGGCUGGGCUUUUGUACGACCCUGACUUGCCUAUCACCGAGGACUAUGUAGUGCCCUAUUUGGACCUGUACAAGAUGGAGCAGAAGAUAAAUGGCGCGUGGAAUGUGGAAUUCUGGAAAGGAGACCAUGGCCGCGCUCUUCCCGACAGCAAAGUGAAACCUCUCUCGCAGGUGACGAUCAACGGAGUGGAAUUUGACGAUCCCAAAUAUUUUUUGAAGAAGGCAUACGGAUCAGACUACAUGACGCCGAAGCGACGGAGCGGGUAG